AUGACACCGCUCAAGCACUUUCUGGCCGCGCUAGGUUUGCCAGCCUCGGCGUUUUCGAAGGGCAACAUACCAACUCUUCCUCCACGUAGUGCCGAGGUGUUCGACCAGCAACGUAAGAUCGUGGUCACUUCUGCGAUGAUGCGAGAGUCGGCAGAGCGUCAUCGAUCCGGCAAGCAUCGAGAGUUCCUUCGAGGAGAGCUCAUAGAGACCGUCUUGACCGCGAUCACUGCAAAGUCAUCCGAGCGCGGUAACGCAGCCCAACACAGCGCCUCCUUCACUCCUCUCGAGCUUCUCACGGCUUACAAAUGCAAUUUGAUCGCCGACGAGCCGCACAUCAACUUCAACUACUUUGGGUUCUGGCAGAUGCUGUGGGACGUCUAUGUCGACAUAUUCCUUGCCCUCGCCGAGACUCAUUCGAAGUACAGAUUCCAGGUGCAGCCAAACAAAGGUCUGUCGCCACACAAGCUGGUGUACGACAUCUUGCUCGAUGCAGGCAAAAGCGUCUCGCAGUCAAAGCCGCUCGCAGGAACACCCAUCUCCACAGUCGCUGCAGUUCUCGACUGCGUCAUCAAGACCCAAGGUAACGAUUUCUCGACAGAAGCCUUCUCCGAAUCCAGCGGCCGCAUCCCGAAGAGCAAGAGACCCGAGUUCCGGACCUUCAAGCCGGGACAGGAUGUGGACAUCUUUACGACCCUUCUUGCUCAGGAUCCUGCAUCGAAGAUGUAUCUUUCGGGUGCUCAUCGCACGGUCUACGAUCCGAACGGGUCGCAUGAGCGACAUGCCCAGAUCAUGGAGACCUGCAAGCCAUGCCUGACGGCUGUACGCGAUGCUUCAAAGGAGGAUUCGAAGGUGACAGUGGGGCAAGUGCUGAACCAGGAAGGAUCUCGCUGGAGAUUUCGUGAUCUGCAGCAAGAUAGUGUUGUGCUUAGGACCGUGCAGCAUGUCUGGGAUGAUUGA